AUGUCGAAAGCUGUUGUCAAGACGACCUUCGAGGCGUCUCGGACCCUUCGUCCUAUCUACACCGGAGGAAGUACUGCGCUGGAUGCCAGUGGGCGAUUGCUGGUCACCUGUGUCGGUGAAGAUGCCCUUGUUGUGGAUCUUGAAACCGGUGAUCAACUGGCCAGCCUCGAAGGAGAUGGAGAAGUCAUUAUCAGCUUGGCCAUCACUCCGUCGGCCUCCCAUGUCAUUGUCUGCUCGCGCUCAAUGGCCAUGCGCAUUUACUCUCUGACGCCUUUCGAUGACACCUCUCGGACGAUUGAAGCGGAACUUGUUCGAAGCCUCAAACCUCAUACGUCGCCGGUUGUCACCACCGCAACGGAUCCUACUAGCACAUUUGUGGCCACUGGUGCCGCCGACGGGUCUAUUAAGAUUUGGGAUGUUCGUCGUGGCUACGCUACGCAUACCUUCCAUGGCCACGGCGGUGUCAUUUCGGCUCUGUGCUUCUUCCAAAUACCGUUCCACGACCAAGAAGACAAGUCUUCUUCUAAGAAGAAAAAGUCGAAAAGCAAAUCAAAUGAUGACGAUUCGGAUGAGGAGAUGGAGGAUACCGGUCUCAACGGUGUGGACUCGGCCGAUAUCCUUCGGUUGGCCUCUGGAGACGAAGAAGGCACAGUACGAGUGUGGGAUUUGAAAAAGAGGAAGCCCAUAGCUACACUUGAAUCCCACGUGUCGGUGGUCCGAAGCUUGUCCUACUCUCCGGCGGAGAAUGCGCUGCUGUCUGCUGCGCGAGACAAGACCGUGAUCGUUUGGGAUGUUCGCACAUUCAAGACGCGUAGGAUCAUUCCGGUCUUGGAGAGUGUGGAAGCGGCUACUUUUGUUGACGACAGUGGGCUGUGCGUGGUUGGAGGCGAGAAUGGUAAAUUGCGCGUAUGGGACUGCAACCGAGGAGGAGAGGUGACCCAUGAGCAAGAAGCGGGAGAGGAUUUCGAGGCAGUCGUGGCCAUUCAAUAUUCCCCGGGUAUGCCGUUCGCUAUAACAGUCCAUGCGGACCAGACACUGCGUCUUCACUCGCUCGAACCUCUGUCCAACCUCAAGCCCGGCUCUUCGAUUGAGCCGCUUCCCGUUAUCAGGCGUAUCUCUGGUAACGACGACGAUAUCAUCGAUCUUGCUUAUGUCGGGCCUGACCGGUCCAUGCUUGCACUUGCUACAAACACCGAGAGUAUCCGAGUCGUUUCGGUAGGACCGUCAAACGACCGGCCGUCUGUCAGUGAAGAGGAUUAUUUUGGUGCGGACGUCACUCAUCUGGAAGGCCAUGACGACAUUAUCAUCUGUAUCGAUGUGGACUGGUCCGGUCACUGGUUAGCCACAGGUGCCAAGGAUAACACGGCACGUCUUUGGCGUUUAGACCCAAAGACUUCGUCCUACGCCUGCUUCGCAGUCUUGACGGGUCAUGCUGAGUCUUUGGGCGCUAUCAGCUUCCCUCGCGUCCCUCCGCCAGCCAACACCCCGGCGCAUGAUGACCCCGUGAAUCACCCCCCAUCUUUCCUCCUCACUGGUUCCCAAGAUCGUACCAUCAAGCGAUGGGACCUGGGAAAACUGACCCCUCUUCAAUCCUCGAAACCACACUCUGCUAAGGCGAUAUACACCCGCAAAGCUCACGAAAAGGAUAUCAAUGCCCUGGAUGUCAACUCGUCCUCCACCCUAUUUGCGUCUGCCUCGCAGGACCGUACAGUCAAGAUCUGGUCCGCCGACGAUGGAGAGGUAAUUGGUGUCUUGCGCGGUCACAAAAGAGGUGUCUGGUCUACACGCUUCGCGCCCCGGGGUACUCCCAUUCUCACCACCGAAGCUCGGAGUAGCACAAACAGAGGUUUGAUUGUCACAGGAUCUGGUGACAAGACCGUCAAGGUCUGGAGCUUGUCGGACUACAGCUGUCUCCUUACGUUCGAAGGUCACACCAACAGUGUGCUCAAAGUCCUUUGGCUCCCGCCUCCGGACCUGUCUAGCAAGGAUGAGGAUGAAGAAGAUGAGUCGGCCCCGACUCCGAACGUGGCAGCUCAAGCACGGCCGCUCGUUGCGUCUGCUGCUGCCGAUGGUCUCGUCAAGGUCUGGUCUCCUUAUAGCGGAGAACUAGAAACCACACUCGAUAACCACACGGAUCGAGUGUGGGCCCUCGCCAGUCCCACGCCAUCUGGCUCGCGUGCCGAUGCUUUGACUUCGUCCACCCAGAACAGCUCUUGCCCCUUUGCGCUUGCCUCUGGCUCUGCCGAUUCCACCGUCACAUUCUGGACCGACACUACCUCUGCCACCUUUACUGCCACCGUCAGCGCAAACUCUGCCCGCGUCGAACAGGACCAGCAGCUGGAGAACUACAUCAGGGCAGGCGCUUACCGCGAAGCCAUCACGUUGGCCCUUCAACUCAACCACCCAGGACGACUUCUUUCUCUCUUCACAGCCGCCAUCGAUGCCGCUGAUGACCCUUACUCCACUGAUCCCAAGAAGGAAGAACGCGCCAACAGCUUGACCGGCGAUCCCUCCAUCGAUCACGUCCUUCAAACCCUCGGCUCCGAACACCUGCGUAACCUCCUUAUCCGCCUGCGCGACUGGAACACCAACGCGCGCACCUCGCGGGUGGCUCAGCGCAUCCUCUUCGCUCUAUUCAGGUCCUAUCCCGCCUCGACUUUCACCGAGCUCGCAAGCUCCACUAUCGCCAGGCGCAGUGACAACGGCCGUACCGCAGCCGCCAUGAAGGACAUCCUACAGGCAUUAGCCGCGUACACCGAACGUCACUAUCGUCGGGUCGAAGAGCUCACGGACGAGAGCUACCUUGUUGAAUGGGUCUUGGGAGAGAUGGACGGUGGAAUCGGGUUAGGGGCACUGGGUGUUCCGGAAUCGGACGAUGUCCCUGAACAUGAAAAGGAUGUGCUCAUGCAUGGAGCAUAA